AAUUGCUAAAAGUCAACCGGUUCUGAGAAGUUUCUUGAAAAAAAUGAACGACGGUGGUGCCAAAGACGCUUUUAUCGCCAGUUCCGUUGGCUGCCGGCGGUUCCACAUUCCCGGCGCUCCGAGAAAUAAAAGCAAGCAGCCUCAAAGCGCCUGAAGAUGUCCUUGGCCGCGGCGCACCUAAGACUCUAUCCGAUUACCGACGGCACCGCUAUCCUCUCCGGAGCGACAACGCCUGUUUAAUCCGCAAACCCUUUUUUUGACCCGCAGCUCAAAGCCUCAUUAACUGCUCGCAGGAAAAGACGACGGCGGCCAUCCCUCUUUCCCUCUUCUAUAUAAACCUCCUCUCUAGGGCUCGAGAAUGGCGUGUGGGAUAGCGGCACUGACCAUGCCGAAACCCUCUUUUUCGCUGAGAGCGGAGCAGUCGAGCGCCCUCGAUCUCUCCGCCGAUUCUCCAAGCGGCCUCGCCUCUCACUCGAGGAGAGAUUUCGUCUUCGUAGUCAACCCCAAGGGUGCCAAUGGCCGGACCGGGAAGGAGUGGAAGAGGUUGCUUCCUUAUCUCAGGACUCGGCUUGGCGGACACUGCAAUAUAUGCGAGUCGAUAACUUCAGGUCCCUCUCAUGCCAUGGACAUAACACGGGAGGCAAUAAGGGAAGGGGCGGAUGCUGUGAUAGCUGUUGGAGGUGACGGUACACUUCAUGAGGUGGUAAAUGGCUUCUUUUGGGCAGGAGAUCCGGUCCAGUCUCUUGACCAUGGACCUGAACAUUCAACUGCUUUAGGCCUCAUUCCACUUGGGACUGGUUCAGAUUUUGCUAGGACAUUUGGCUGGAAAAAUGAUCCGUAUGAAGCAGUAGAACGGAUUGUGAGAGGAUUUAAAUCAAAACUAGAUGUUGGCAUUAUUACUGGACAAAAUGGAGAACAGCAUUUCUUCAUUAAUGUUGCUGAUAUUCACUUGAGUGCAAAAGCAGGUUAUUAUGCUUCUAAGUUUAAAAGAUUUGGAAAACUGUGUUAUGUUUUUGGGGCUUUGAGAGCAUUCAUCGGACACACUAACCGGAACCUCAAAGUCAAGGUAAAUGGAGGAGAGUGGGAAGUAUUUCAUAAAGUCACCGCUCUUUGCAUCGGAAAUGCAAAAUUCUUUGGUGGUGGCAUGAAAAUAACACCAACAGCUGAUCCUUCCAGCGGAAACUUAGAGGUAGUGAUUCUUCAAGACUUCAAAUGGUAUGAUUUUGUUCUUAAACUGCAUAAAUUGUACAAGGGAACACAUUUAUCAGAGAGAAAUGUUUCUUCAAGAAGCUUUUGCUCAUGUGCUUCCAUUAAGAUUUAUCUAUCCAACAUUUCAACCUGAUAGUACAUCCAUCUGAUGCCAUUGUGGGUGCAGUGUGAAGUCCAUUGAAGUUGCUGAGGAAAUGUGCAGAGGUGACAUCUAUGUUCAGUCUGAUGGGGAACAUUUAGGAUUUCUUCCAACAAAAUGUUCAAUAUUACCUGCUGCAAUCAAUUUUUUCAGCUAAUAGAACCAUCUGUUGCAGUUUCAGCUUAUGCCAAAUUGAUGGACGUUUAGAAUUCAUAUGCUUGGAAAUAGCUAUGAUGUUUUGAUGCGGAUAUCAUAUUUGUUACAGAAUUACGAAACCUAUGCACAUCUGUUGAAUGCUGCUCUGGUGGUUAGACUGUUUAGCAAGGUAAGAACAAAGGCGAGCACUCAAUAUGGAGGUACCAUGUGUGCUCGAUAUGGAGGUACCAUGUAAUUAUGAGUUCAGUAAUAGUACUUUGGCACAUUGAAUGGUGAACAUUUUGCAAAGCAAAUUCUUGCUUACAUUGAGAGUCUAGGUGCUUGCAUGCAUUUAGGAGGUUAACCAACAACUGAAUUUGAUGAUCAUGACGGCUACUGGAUAUGCCAAAUGCAGAGUAAGGAUUCAUGUCUUUUCUUGUGAAGUUGUUGAUUGUAAAUCACAUUUUACAGUUUAUGGAACUUUCCCAACUCCAAAAGGCUUUUUUUUUUCCUCUCUUUUUCUUUUGGUAGAUAACUCCGAAGGGCUUUUGCCCUUGACAAAUAUUUGUAGUUUUCAUCUUACCAUUUAUUUGUCUUUGUCAUA